AAGAAAAACAAGCCAUACCAACAGUGAAACUUAGCACAUGUUAACACACAAAUUUGUGACCAUGAGGGUUAAAUACACAGGACAGUGUGGGAGCCUUUGAAACACAAUGCCCAACCUUAAUCCCAUAUGUCACCAGCUUUUGAGUUGUGUCGUGAGUUAUUGUUCAUUCUUGCUGAAAAGUUUGGGUCAAUAUGACCCCUACAGCACAAGGGAGGCUUGAGCCAGAAGAGUGUUUCUGGGCAGCAAUGAAGUUGAACUGACAGUCUUUAUCCUCACAACUGUACAGAGGGAUAUUAAUUUGUGUUUCAUAGAGAAUCUACUACAAAAGUCACCAUCCCAGAUCAACCCAUUGGUGUUCGUUUCAGUGAGCCAAUAAUAUGUAAGUGAGGAAGGAGCUCAGACCAAUCUAAACCAGGCCCCUUCCUCUCUCCCUCUCUUCCCAUACAGCAGAGUUUAGCAGCCAAGCAACAUGAAUUCCUGCAGCUGCUCCCAAGAGGGUUUAUGAACUUUGUUCUACCAAGUGAUAAACGGACAAAGGGACAUUUAUUAUGAAUUGUGACAUAACUUCAGCCUUUAUCACCAUCUGGUCAGCCAUUCUCUCUCCCCACCCGUUUGUUUAAGGAACCACUGCAUGCAUUUCACGGAAAAACGCAAGAGAACAGCCACAUGGUGAAAAUAGAUGCUCCAGCAACAACCAGGUGGAGUUGCAAACUUUACAUAAAUCAUUAGCCCAGAAGCGAAAAUAAGCCAAUAAAUAGGAAUGGGGCUGCUUGAUCAAGCCAACAGCACUAUCAUCCUGGAAGAGCAUAACUUGGAUAAACAACUGCCGUUCAGCUGGCAUGCAAAGGGCUUUGCCACCCCUAGCCAGGGGCUUGAAGGAUCCAGUAAUGUUAUGAUGGACAGUACCAAGAUCCUGGGAGUCCAGAUCAUAUUGAUAGCUGCCUACUCCCUAAUCAUUCUUCUGGGAUUCAUUGGCAACUCCUUAGUAGUCUACAUGAUUGUGAGAUACAGAACCAUGAGGACUGUAACCAACUUCUUCAUAGCUAACCUGGCUCUGGCAGACUUGAUGGUGGACACGCUCUGCUUGCCCUUCACUUUGGCCUACACUCUGUUGGAUGAGUGGAAGUUCGGGGCUGUGCUUUGUCACCUGGUCUCCUACGCUCAAGCUUUAAGUGUCCAUGUGUCUACUCUCACCUUAACUGUGAUUGCUCUGGACAGGUACAGAUGCAUUGUUUUCCAUUUGGAUAGCAGGAUCUCCAAGAAGGUCAGCUUCACCAUCAUCGCUUUCACGUGGCUGGUUGCCGCCGUCCUAGCCAGUCCACUGGCCAUCUUCCGAGAGUACAGGUAUGAAGAAAUCCCAUCCAUCAAUCUCAGAAUCGCCGUCUGCUCUGAGAAAUGGCCUUCUGAAAGCAGGGAUGCCACCAUAUACAGCUUGUCCAUGCUCCUCUUGCAAUAUGUCCUCCCUCUUUCCAUCAUCUGCUACGCCUACAUCAGAAUAUGGUUCAAGCUGAAAAGCCACAUCAGUCCCACUGCUAGGAGUGACAGUCACUGCCGGAGGAGAAAGACCACAAAGAUGCUGGUCAUGGUGGUGGUGGUGUUUGCAGUCUCUUGGCUCCCCUUCCAUGUUUUCCAACUUGCCGUUGACCUUGACCUGGUACUCAUCUUCCAUGACUAUAAACUUCUUUACACCGUGUUCCACGUGGUGGCCAUGUGCUCCACUUUUGCUAAUCCUCUGCUCUAUGGCUGGAUGAACAAGAACUACCGCAAUGGAUUCCUCAUGUUCUUCCGUUGCCAGAACAAGCCAGAGAGGCUCUAUACGGAGGGCUCGGUCAGAGGGCGGUCUUACACUUUCCGAGCUACCACCUUGAAUGACAGCAUCAAGCACUCGACACUCAAUGGGCAGCUGCCCACACCAGUUUAGGACCACAAGUAGCUGUGCCUCCACAAAGGGGCCUUGAUGGCAUCUACCUAGGGGCAGGAACCUUGAUGGCAUCUACCUAGGACUGAUGCCUUUUCUAAAACUCAUAAUGUGUCGUAUUGCCAAAAUAGUGUUACUUGUCAUAGCCCACAUGGGAGCACAUUGUCUAUCUGUCCAAACAAAGAACCUCAUGCACUGUCUAUUUUGUCUCAUGAAGCAAGUUAACUAAACCUUGCUUUGAGUUCUGUGUUGCUUCUUGCAUAAGCAGCACAAACGUGUUGUUCACAGAAUGCUUUCAGUUUAGUUCUACCAUAAUCUGAGAGAGGAGAGAAACGGCGAAUAGGACUGGCAGCCUGCCCCCAACCUAGUGCCCUCCUGGCAUUUUGUACUACAACUCCCAUAACCUCCAGCAUGGCUCUGGUUACAGGGUAGGUAGCCGUGUUGGUCUGCCAUCGCCGAAGCAAAAUAAAAUAAAAAUUCAUUCCAGUAGCA